GUGCAGUGAGACUAAAAACAAGAGGAAAUAUCCGUCUGAUCGUCUGUACUAAUCGAAGUGAAAUAGUUUACUAUUUCUAGGUACGUGCCUCGUCUACUCUUAAUUAUCAACCAAUCGAAGUUGACGGUCGAUUGGCGAAGAUCUUUAUCAUCGUUUUGAAAUCAUUUGGCCAUGUUGCGUCUCAGGAGCUCGUGUGUGCGGAUUUAUGUAUCGUUUGAAAAUGUUCUGAAGUAACAAUAACAUCAUUUUUCAGGAAGGAAAAGAAAGAGGAAGAAUCUUUUGAUUUGAAGUACAUGUUUCUGAUGAAUAAUCUUAUUACGGUGGAUCAUAAGCGACCAGUAACCGAUCAUGGACCCGACAAGAUGGAGGAUGUGUUGGCUGCAUCAUAUCGUUAUAUUCUCAAUCACGUGUCUUGUAACCGCAAUUCUUGCAAAAUCUCAGGCUGAACAAGAAAUCCAGUCUUCAUCUACCCAAGUGCCUUUGAUGUUAUCAGGGACGUUUGUUACUAGUAAGGACUUGCAGUCUUACAACCAAACAACGGUUUUUAUUGCAGCCUUCGGGCAAGAUUUUGUAUUGGAUAUUCAAAAAUCAAGAACUUAUUCUGUUUUGCAGUCCACAGUAGAAACUAUAUACAGAGCUCUUGAUAAACCAUUAAGGCGUCGAACAACGGUGUCUGACGGGUGCUUUUUUCAUGGAAACGUUCGUGGAAGGACAAAAUCUGUCGUGUUUCUAGAUGCUUGUUCAGAAGAGAUAUGUGGCACAAUUUAUGAUGGAAAUAACACCUAUCUCAUCACUGGAGCAACAACACAAAGUCAUGUAUUAUAUCGAUUCACACGACUGACAUCUGUUGAAAGACCUCGUCAUGAAAAAAGGCAGGAUCCCCCAGGGAAGUUGUGGCAUCGACUGAAAAGACAGGUCAGGCAAGUCACCCUACCAUCUGCUAUUCACCUCGAACGAAAAUAUCUGGAGUUGUACAUUGUACAUGACCAUCAACAGUUUAUCAACAGUGAGAGGAAUGUGGAUAUUUUGAGGAAUAAGUCAAGCACACUAGCUCACCUUCUGGGAAAGGUGUUUGAAGAUGUCAACAUUACGGUAUCACUUGUCGGUAGUGAGGUAUGGAAUGAAGGUGAUGAAAUAACAGUAAGCACUGAUGUAUACACCACUCUAGAUAACUUCUUGACCUGGAGGGAAGAAGUACUUUUACCUCAACAAUCACAUGAUUUUGCUCUUCUCAUAUCAGGAACAACAUUCAUGCAUCAUAUGAAGGCUCAUACAUACCAUGGAGAGAUGUGUUCACGAUCACAUUCUGCUGUAAUACUUGAAGAUUACACUGAUGACAUAGUUCAGAUUGCUAGUGAUGCAGCUCAUAGUAUUGGUCAUAACAUAGGUUUGAUGCAUGAUACACCAGAUUGUACAUGUCAGGAUGAUACUGGAUAUUGUGUCAUGGAUGUUGUCAAAAGAAAGCAGCCUCCAACCAAGUUCUCUGAGUGUUCAAAACGUCUGAUAUCCAACCAUGUGAGAGUAGGUCGUCUGGAUUGUCUCAAUGAUCUACCAGCCAUCCCUAGGGGGCCUCUGUGUGGUAAUGGAUUGGUAGAAGAUGGAGAGGAAUGUGACUGUGGCAAACCACAGGAAUGUGAUGAUGUAUGCUGCCUUUCCCGUGAAUGUGUGAGGAUAGCAGACUGCUCUAGGAGAUCCAGUCAGAUCCUAGCAGCUGCUGAGGUAGUUACAGCUCCUCUUGAUCCACCCAGAACAGACGAAAAGGAGACUUCUCUUAACGCUGGUCUCAACUACCCUUUGGAUCACCAAAUCAUUGAUACCAGGGAUCCUUUGGUAGAUGAGGCUGUAGAAGAACAGUUCAACACUAUCAAUGCUGAUGGAGUAGUUGCAGCUGAUGUUCAUCAGCCAAUUCCCACAGAGCCUACCAAACCUACCACUCCACAGAUAGUUAAUAUUGAAGCAACUGAAGAGACUAUGGAGAUUGACAAUCUGGAAGAAGAAUUGGACAAUGGUGUGAUUGCUACAAGAGAAGCAUUGACAGAUGCUGCUGUUAGACGGAACAUUACAGGAGAUGAAGAGGAGGUACAGGAGGAUACCAUUGCUGUAGAGAUGGAACCAACAGGGGAUUUAGACAUCAAUUACAACUCUACGAUGAGAGAAACAUUAAACCCUGAUGAUAUAUUUUCAGAAAUGGCAGCAACAUGUGGUGUGGGUCUGAAUUCUGAUGAAACUCAGGAAAUUCUUGGAGGUCAUGCCAGUGUAGAACAGAUCAUGGAAGAAUUAGGUCAGUCAGAGCUUCAAGAAUCACCAGCUUUCAUCCUAGAGCCAGAACCAGAGAUCUAUAUAGUACGUGCAAGAAAUCUACAUCUAAAUUGUGAAGCAUCUGGAACAUCUGUCAAUGGCUAUUCUUGGUUGAAGGAUGGUGAAGAGAUUGAUAUUCAGAGUGACCCUAGAAUGAUUCUUAACCAUGGUAACCUCACAAUCCAGUUCCCAGACUCUGGUGAUAUUGGUAUCUACCGCUGCUUGGUCUCUAAUAUCUAUACCACUAUUGUAUCAUCUGAGAGCUCUGUUAGGCGUGCUUACAUGGGUAGCUUCUCUUCCGGUUCCGGUACGAUCCAUGAAGUAAUAGUGGGUACAUCAGUGAUCCUUGUGUGCAACCCUCCUACCAGUGUACCCACACCUCUUGUCAUGUGGGCUAUUAACAGCUCAGCUGAACCCAUACACUAUAGCAGACGAGUAUCCCAGGAUCCUAAGGGUAACCUUGUUAUAGCAUCCAUUGCGGAGCAGGAUACAGGAUUAUAUUAUUGUAUCGUUGUCAAUGAAAUCAUGGAGAAGAGGAUUGAAUCACCAAGAACAAACCUCAUAGUCAGAAAACCUGUUCAGCCCCCUGAGAUGGUAUACUAUCCCAUGGCUAAUGAGAUAGGAUUGGAAGGGGAACAGCUUAGUCUCAAAUGCCUUGCUGUUGGAAGCCCUGUUCCACAGAUAUGGUGGGAGAGAGAUGAUGCUGAACUGCCCCAUAAUCGAUCUUCUCAUACAAGCUUUGGUCAAGAGCUAAUUAUAUCAUCAUUGAAGCUUGAAGAUGCUGGUGUGUACCGUUGUAUUGCCGAUAAUGGUGCUGGAAAUAGAGCAGAAUCAUUGGUAACUUUAUCUGUCAAAGCUGCCCCAUAUUGGGAGUUAGAGCCAAUGAGCCUGACUGUACCUGUUGGUUCACCUGUCUCAUUCACCUGUACUGCAAGAGGAGAUCCUAUUCCAUCAAUCACAUGGUUAAUUAAUAAUCAACAUGCUGAAGAAGUCAGUGAUGCAUUAAAACUUGACUUGGUUGCAGAGCCAGGACAUGGUAUGUUGAGAGUGAAUAAAACAACAGAUGUUGAUAGUUCAUCAGCAGUACAAUGUAUAGCAAGUAAUACAUAUGGUACCAUUAUUAGCAAUGCACAUCUAACAGUACUAGCCUUAGCACCAGUGUUCCAAGAGACUGCUCCCCCUGAGUUGGUUGUUUUAGAAGGUGAUACAGUAACCUUGUCAUGUAAUGGUUUUGGGGCUCCUAGCCCUACAAUUACGUGGUGGAAUGGAUUGGGUCACAAGGUUUUUAGUGAAGACAGAUUACAGAUUAAAUCUGAUGGAUCUUUAGUGAUAUGCAACAUCCAAACAACUGAUGAACAAAACUACAAAUGUCAGAUAGAGAACCAGUUUGGAUAUGAGACAAGCAAGACAGAGCUAGUCAUAAGAAGCAGAACUCAGAUGAUAAACCCUCCUACUGACACUCGGGUCGAGGUUGGUGACCAAUUAUUCCUUCCAUGUAGCGUGACCUCUGAUCCUGUCCAUCAUAUAACAUUCAACUGGAUGACCCCUAGAGGGUUAGAGGUCAUUGUAGGUCCAGGAAGUGAUGGAUCAUUGAGGAUUGAUACUGUAUCUAAAGAGGAUGAAGGAUUGUAUACAUGUACUGCUCAAUCAGCUCUAGAUAGUGUGUCUGCCUCUGCUUCAGUUGUAGUUGAAGAGAGAUCAAUCCCUCUAUUAUGUGGUAAUGGUAUCAUAGACAGUGAGGAAGAAUGUGAUGGAGGAACUUAUAAUACAUCUAACCCUCAUCCAUGCUGUACAAUGUUCUGCCAAUGGAGAGAUGAUAUACCAUGCAGGGAAGACACACAGUGUUGCAAGGAUUGUCAGCUCCAACAUCCAGGUAUACCAUGUGAACUUGAUCUAGAAUAUCCAGAAUGUUAUCAAAAAUCCUUCUGCAAUGGCCAAGACACAGAAUGCCCUGAAGUUGAUUACGUUCAGAAUGGAAUGCCAUGUAGGAAUGAUGGUCAAUGUUUAGAUGGUGAAUGUAUUCCAUUCUGUGAGUUAAGAGGAGGAUUUGAGUUUUGUGAUUGUCCAUCAGAUGGUAACACCUGUGUACAUUGCUGUAUUCAAGAUGGUGUCUGUUCACCAUUUAUGAAUCAAGGGAAUAAUAGUACUGUCCCUCGACCAGACAAUAAUGGGGCAUCAUGUGGAAGAAAUGGUGUUUGUAGGCAGGGUGAGUGUGUCGGAGAGGAUGCAACACCAAUACCAACUCCAAGGAUUACACCUACAACUACACCAACAACUACAUCAGUACCAACAACUACAUCAGUACCAACAACUGCAUCCACCACAGUAAAAACCACUACAACAAUGAUCAGUACAACCCAAGCAACUACAGUCGGAAACAGAGUGCCUAGUCCUCCAUCAGAGGUAAUCAUGACAUCACUCUCAUCACCUCUUGAUGUCCAACUGUCUUGGUCAGUUGAAGAUGACGAACACAUCUCUCAAUUUGAUGUAGAAGCACAGACGACCUACUCUCAGGGUAGCUGGACUCUCCUUGCCAGUGUACCUUCAAACAAGACCCAAGCAAGAGUCAAUCUAGCACCAUACAUGUCCUAUAGGUUUAGGGUCACUGCAGUCAAUGGGGUUGGCAGGUCAGAGCCACAGAUGACCAGUGGUCAGUAUUUCACUCCUCCAGACAGACCAACCAGCAAUCCAAAUAAUAUCACCUUUACCGUAGAGAAUGGACAGGUCAUCAUCCACUGGGAGGCACUAAAACUAGAAGAGCAAGGAGCCCCUUUCUUCUCCUACAAGGUACUGUGGCGCCCUCUUGGUAUGGACACCUGGCAUGAAGAAUCGAUACAGAUGUCACAGUAUACAUUUACUAUCCCUGGUAGCCAAGAGGUUGGUCAGUACGAAGUCGCUGUUCAAGCUGUCAAUGCUGUCGGCUCUGGACCAGAACCAGAUAUUAUCACCUAUGGAUCUGUCAAGACAACAAAAGCUACAUUGACUACUGCUUCACCAUACCUAGAAUUUAGCCAAAGACCACCAAAAGAAAUGAAAGUUUUGGUUGGUAGUCCUUUGACUCUACCAUGUCAGGCUGAAGGUUUCCCUACACCUCGUAUUGAAUGGUUCUUCAAUAGACUCAUGGUUGUGAAGACUGAUCAAGUAUUAGUGAGAAAAAAUGGUGAAUUAGUGAUAGAUCCUGUAGACCUUUCAAACACAGGUAUUUACACAUGUAGGAUUUCCAAUGAUGUCUCUGGUCAAACCCAGACAGCAACCAGUGAUGUUGCAGUUGUAGCACCCAUGCUAGUUUUCUUCACUAGACCCCCUGCUGUAGUAGAUGUUCUGGUAGGUGAGAGUAUUUUGCUGCCAUGUCAGGCUGGUGGAUUCCCUCAGGCAACACUAGUAUGGAGGUUCAAUAAUGAAGAAAUUGAUUAUGGAGUUGACAUCUACAUGGCAGAAAAUAAUUCCAUCAUCAUACCAGUGGCUGAUAAGUCUCAUACUGGUCAAUACCAAUGCAUUAUAUCAAAUGGUCUUCACAAUGUCAAAACAGUUGAAAGCCAAGUCAAUAUUAGAGAGCCUCUUGAAGUUAACGUAGAGCCAGUUGGUAUCUUGACUAUCAUUGGAUCAUCAAUCACCAUCCCAUGUACAGUCAUCCAUGAUCAUCCUCUACAGACAGUAUACUGGACUCAUAAUGAUGAACAAAUUUAUAUUAACUAUAUCAAUCAGACUCUACAAGACUAUUCUCUUGUCAUAGACUCAGUAUUGUGGAGUGACCGAGGGCUGUAUAGGUGCAUUGCGGAAACAGCCCUUGAUUCAAACAGUGAUUCGGUUGAAGUGGUUAUUCAAACUCUACCAGAUGUCCCAACUAAUAUAAUGACCAAUACUAGUCAAGGUGGGUCAGAAGUGACUGUUUUCUUUGAUGCUCCAUUCGAUGGUAACUCUCCCAUCUCAUCAUAUGUAAUUGAAUACAGCAGUCCAGAAGCUGAAGUACCAUGGCAAGAAUUAAAAACUAUCGCUCCUGGUAACCUAAGUCAGGUUGUUACCACGGUAAUGAUACCUCCAUUUUACAGUUACUAUGUGAGGGUUAAAGCAGAGAAUGAGUUUGGAAUGUCUGCACCAAGUGAAGCAUCAAAUCCUAUUUAUGUGAGACCAAUAGCACCUACCCGCAACCCAUCUGGGGUCAUGACUGAAGUAUUGGAUGGAGGCAGUAAGAUAAAUAUUACUUGGGAGCCUCUAAAGAAAUCUGAAUUGAAUGGUCCAGGAUUCUAUUACCUGAUUGAUUUACGUGGAGCUAAUCAGCGAUUUGGAUUCAUGGUGACCAUUGAAUUCUUUCAUCAAUCUAACAUUGUAGUAGAUGUAGAUCCUACUCUCAUGCCAUAUGAAAUCAUGAUUCAAUCUAGUAAUGAGAUUGGAUUGGGUCCUAUACCGGAGAUUUACACUGCUGGUAUUGAGGAAAUGGGUUUAGCUGUUCCUGAUGCUCCUACCAAUGUGAUGUUGAGAAUGACCACACCCACUUCCAUUAAUGUAUCCUGGGAUCCUUUACCUCCUAGACCAUCUUAUGGAGAAGUCUUUGGCUACAGGGUUGUAGUGGAGGCAACUGAAGCCUUGUUUGGUGCUAGACCAGAGAGCUGCUUGUCAACUACAUUAAAUUGUGAGAUUGCAGGUCUACAUCAAGGCAAAACAUACAGAGUGAUUGUAAUAGCUAAUGGAGCUGGUGGGGAAGGCUUUAGCUCUAUGCCUGUAACUAUUACCAUACCUGGAGAUUUACCAUCUAAAGUUCGGAAGCUGAAGGUGAGAGCAUGGGCUAGGACAAUGCUGAUUAAAUGGGAACCACCAGAAAGUGGAGAGGUACAAGGAUAUGUUGUCAUCUAUAGAACAACUGCUAAUGAUGCCAUAUCUGCUGAGGAGAUCUUGGAUAAUCCCAUAGAGAAUAGUCUUAAACUUGGAGGAUUGACCCCAGGCACAGGUUAUCAUGUUACAGUAGCUGCUUAUAACGAAUGGGGUAGAGGAGAACCGAUAUCAAUGGAAAUCAAUACUAAACCAAGCAAAACAAAGCGAUCUCAUGGACAAUGAGUCAGCUAACAACAUUGUGCAAGCAUGAGGAUAGAAUGUCUCUGCUUUAUGUAUCUAUUUAUCAUCACUGCAUUCAGACAUUGUAUAUAACAUUCAGUUUAUACGCUUCUGACUACCUUGAAAUACCUAUCCUCUACUCUAAGGAACGUCCUCCAGCUGAGUGGCAUUUCAACAGUUGUUUUGAGAUCAAUGGAGAGAAGUUUGCAAGAAAUCUAAUUUCAGUGAAUGCUUCAUCAUUUUCACUAAAGACGGACCCUUCCACUUUUCUUGAUCUAGACUGUUUUAAUAAAAUAUUUGAGAAAAAAAACAAGAAUACUCCUUUUGUUUUAAUUAAAUCAUUAAAUAAUUCAAAUACUAUUCUGUUUUUUAAUUUUUUUCCUGUUGAUGAAUUGACCUUGAUUGAAGAUGAAUAGUAUUUCUUGGAAGCUAUAUUAGGAUUGUGUGUGUCACUCAUUUCACACCUGUGACAGAAUAUAAAUAUUUCCGAUAAAUAUAUUUUCAAAAAGCAGCGCUCUCUAUGAAUCAUAAAGAGAUGAAAUGUAAUGUUCAAUUGUUACUAGUACCUGAUUAGCCAUAAACCUCCAAUUUCUGAGUUUUGGGUCGACAUCACGCGCAGACUUGGCACUGCCAGCGCAUAGUGUGCUGGUGUAAAGAUGCUUCAAAAAUGAAAAUCGUAUUCACCCAAAACGGUCUAAA